AUGUCCUCUCACCAUGCACUUUCGGCCACAGUCACUUCUUCUAUUUACGACAUAUCGCGUCUUACAAAAGCCUGCGCAUGCAACCUCAUUCGUGCGAUCAAACUGCUAUCCUUCACGCGACUACAAACGAUGGCAUUUCCGUCUCGGUUGGACAUACUCAAUUCUAAGCCCAUAGGAAAUGGACUAAGCAGCGUUCGCAAUUCAUUCAAUUCUCUAUGUAAGGAGCAAGGGAUACCGGCUUCUUUGUCUGCUUUAGAUUGGAUUGCGAUUGAAGAUGUUCAAAACCUAUCGCUUGCUCUUAUCUCAGCUCUUCAAAUCCAUCCUGCUGCCCGCCUCCUACCCUCUAAGACCGGGGGCAAACACCUUUUUAGCAAUCUCUCGAAGCUCAACUCUGCGAUUAGCUCCGACGACUUUGACCUAGAACGGGUAAGACCAUUGUGGAACGCAGUCCUAAAGAACGAAUCCGACGAUAUCAUUUGGAGCCAAGCCGAAACCGCCGUCACCGAAUCGACGCCCCCACCACGCCCUGUCUCGUCCUUCCAACAAACACCCCUAUCCAUCAACACGGGCAGCUUCGCGAAUUCGACCGAGCACCGUAAACACGUAGAUGGUGUGCUAAAGGAGGAGCUGGGACAACUGUACGUUGGCGUACCUGGUUAUUUCAAGGCGUUCUUCGGAGACGUGCCAGGUCUAGAAUCGGCGGCACAAGCUGUGCUUGACAAGUGCCAGGAAGGAGAGAGUCCGCUCUAUCAGGAGGAGAGCGGCUGGCAAGGUUGGCCUGAAGGGGCGAGGGAAGGGGAGGUGUUAAGCUGGUUUGCACCGCUUACAGAGCAGCUCUUGGAUUUUGCAGAAGAGCAUCGGCCGGGCCCCAGGAUUCGACGCAGAACCGUAGCACGACCUCAUCAGCCCUUGCAGGGUUCCACGGCCGAUCGAAAGCUGGACAUCAGCUUCGUAGACGAUGAGAGCGCUGGUGUCAACUCCAAAUAUCACUAG